CUGGUUGCUUAGAAGUGCGCGUGGAGAGGGAAAAAAAAUCAGAAGCGGGUAGUGUUAGCUGGGCAUCGAACCCAAGUCCUUCAGUUUUAUCUUACCAGAUAGCUGGGUAUACAUUUAAAAAAAUUAAAAAAAAAUAUAUAUAUAUAUAGGUAAUAGAUAUUAAAAAUGUCUCUCUCAGUGUCUACUCGGUAUUUCUCGGAGAAAGAAGUGGCAAGACACUGCACGAAGGAGUCCUGCUGGGUGCUGGUGGGGACGCGGGUGUAUGAUGUGACCGGCUUCCUGCGGAUGCACCCAGGCGGGGAGGCGCUGAUCUUACGCCGCUCUGGAAGCGACAUCAGCGGGCAGUUGGACGGACCUCCGCACCGGCACUCGCAGAACGCACGGCGGUGGCUGGAGCAGUACUACAUUGGUGAAAUAGACAGGGACUGUACACAGUUUCACACACAGACACUAAGACAGCGGGGAAACAAGCCAGAAGCUCCAGAUGGUACAGAAGAAGCUUCAGCCAUCAACAAAUGCAGCAAAGUCGAUGAUGAAACAGAUCUGGUGGACUGGAGGAAGCCCCUUGCCUGGCAGGUGGGAUAUUUGGGAGAGAAAUAUGACGCCUGGGUCCAUCAGCCCGUCGAUCGACCCAUUCGUCUCUUUGAGUCUGACUUCUUUGAAGCCAACACCAAGACCCCAUGGUACAUGGUGCCAGCUGUUUGGAUGCCUCUGGUUAUUUACCUGAGCUGGUACUGCUACAGCUUGUUGGCACAAGGAAGCACUAGACUGUGUAUUACAUCAGAGUACUCCUUUUUGAUCCACAAGUACUGGUUCCCAUUCCUCUUCCUGCUCGGGAUGUUCAUCUGGUCCUUUCUCGAGUACUGUAUCCAUCGCUUCCUGUUCCACAUGCGCCCUCCAGCCCACAACUAUUAUCUCAUCACACUUCACUUCCUCCUCCAUGGUCAACACCAUAAGUCUCCAUUCGAUGGCUCUCGUUUGGUGUUCCCUCCUGGCAUAGCAUCAGUCGUUAUUGGGGCAUUUUACGUGAUUCUCCGCAAGGUACUGCCUGAAGGUUUAGGUACAUCUCUGUUCGUCGGUGGUCUCUGUGGUUAUGUUGUUUAUGACAUGAUCCACUACUACUUGCACUACGGUUCACCACGCAAGGGCUCCUACCUGUACAGCCUGAAGGCUUACCACGUCAAACACCACUUUGAACACCAAAGAGCAGGUUUUGGCAUCACUACCACAUUCUGGGACCAUCCCUUUAACACAGUUAUUCCAGAGCAGACGUUUUAACCUCACCCUCUGUUGUCACAAGUGCCCUAUGCAAGGCCACCCCUCCCGAACCCCCAGCAAUUAUUGUUUUUCUCAGAGCUUAUGCUCUGCUGCUUUGCCCACAAAAAUUGAUCCAAGCUGCUCAUCAUCAUCAUCAUCAUCAUCAUCAUCAUUAUUAUUAUUAUUGUCACCAUUGUCGUCGUUGACACCACCAUCAUGACCAUCAUGAUCAUUUAUCUGCCGGUUUAGGGGAGGGCACAGCCCAGACUGAGUCUAUGUUGGGAUAUACGCAUGUACAGGCAUAUAAUAUUGAAAGAAAUCUAAUUUUAAUAAUAUUGGAUUAAAACUGUUUUUUUUUUUUUUUUUUUGUAGAGGCACUGAGACGUCCAUGACCACUUUUAACCCCCAUAUUAUUGCGAUCUAGAUAGAAAGAUUAAGUUAAGUGUGAGAAGGUGUGUGAACGUGAGGAGAGAGUGAGUGAGUGAGCGAGUGAAUGAAUGGUUUUUAGCUGUGGCGUGGAUCUGAAUGGAAGUGAACGUAAGGACCCUUGAUGGCUGUGGAAGUCACUGCCAGAGAGGGAAUACUCAGGAACGUGCUCUAAAUCCCACCAUGCUUAUGCCAGGCUCGUCAGUGUUGCUGCUGUUAUAUAGGAAGUUUCCCGAACUGUGCUUUCUGUCUCCGUUUUCCUUUCUAAUUUCCACCUUGUUAUUCCUGAUCCCUUUUAAAAAGAAAAGAAAUUUGUGAAUUAUUCUCAAAAACACAAGUUCUUCACAUUGAGUGUCAUGUCUUGUUCUUGGGGUGGGUUUUUUUUUUUUUAAAGCUCUGGGGAUUCUUUCUGUGGAAGCCAGCCUGCUAGUGGACUGUGCUGCUUCAUAUUGUACCAUUUUGUGUUUUUUUUUUUUAAAAGAGAUAUGCCAAGUGAUCUACCAACAGAACAAGAUCCUCUCUAGGGAGCAGCCAUAGCCAUUAAGUUCUUGUGUAACCUAUUAUUAAAAACAUUCAGAGACAUUAACUGUGAUGCUUCCAUAGAAAUGUCAGGAGCAAGCAAUGGCCCUUGGGCUUGCUGAUCAGGAAAAGCGGGUGUGUUGUCAUAGCUGCUGAAUCUGAACCCUCGGGGGGGCGUGAAGCCGCGUGUUCGGGGAUCUCCUCCGGUAUGGGGGUUGCCCGGCAGAGAGUUUAGAUGAGGUAGACGUGGCCGAGGCAACCCCUUUUCUGGGUUGAUGAUCAUUAGUGUCUGACCAGGCUGUGAACGGAGGUCCUGUUCACCAUCUCGGGCUGAUCUCUCGUUGGUUCACGCUUGAAUCCAUGUCCUGUCCAGCAGUGUCACUCUUCACUAUGUCUCACAUUCCGUCCCGAUUAGCAAACGUGUUCUGUGUCUUUGCGUUUCUUGGUGCGUAUUAGCCUCUUGUUGAGCUUUUUGUACUGGAGUGGAGUCACUACAUGCCUGUCUGAAUUCAAGGAAUGUUCUAUUCAGGUCAAAAGGAGACUGUGGCCUCACUUGCGUCCUUUAUCUGCUGCACAACAACCAUCUGUCAGUGGUGGUAACAUGAUUAAAUGUUUUGUAAGGCUACAGUCUCCCCAGUCUGUCCUUGUUCACUUGAUGGCCAAAAACGACAGAGGGAAUGUUGAAUCUGUGUAUUAAAAUGUCCCCGAUGUGCUAUAAAGGGCAUUCCCUACCUCCCUGUUCCUUCCUACACUCAAAUCAUGUAAUUAGUCCGUGGGAUGUCAAGAGGUGGGUACAUUUUGGGCUGAGGUUAGAGAUGUUUGAUUGGGCUAUACAGCUCAAAUAAGGUAUCUGGUUUUGGAAGCAUUAAUGUUGAUUUAUUAAGUAGUCAUGCCAUGGCACCUUCCUGUCUCUGAUGAAAUAGGUCACACUGAGGGCAUCAAUGCGGUGGGUUCUACUGGUUUGAUUAAAGUAAUAACAGUAAAUAGAUUUACAUAUGUUUACCUGUAAACAAAGUUUGAAAGUUUAAUUCAGAAAAAAAACAUCUUUAAAUUGAAAAGCUUAAAAAAAAACCCCUGAAAUGCCUCUAAUACAAAUGAAAAUCUGUUUACUACUAUAUAUUUUUAUGUUGCAAAAUUCUAUGCAAAUGUACUUGUAAAUAAAUGUGUGUAUAUUUCUGAUGAA